AUGACAUGCUCUGAGACCCCCGCUUCGUCAAUAGAAGCCGUUGAGGCCACUCCACAAGAGCAGGUGCCCAAAUUGAAAAAGAAGAAGGCUCCCCGUCGCAAACUCACACCAGAAGAGAUAGAGGAAGUGAGGAAGCAGAAACAGGAGGAGAGAAGACUGAAAAGGGAAGCCCAGGCCAAGGAACCCCAGAAACUUGCGUUUAUCACACGUGAUCUGAAGCCAAUCCAUUCGGCACCCAGAGAUGAUCAGUACUUCAACUUCAAGAUCAUGACCUACAAUCUACUUGCGCAAUCGCUGAUUCGCCGCUCGCUUUUCCCAACCAAUGGGUCCAUUUUGAAGUGGAUUAACAGAGCACCUGUGCUUCUAUCAGAGAUUGCGUACUACGAUAGCGAUAUCAUGUGUUUCCAGGAAAUGGACUACAUCCAGUACAAAUCCUAUUGGAGCAAAGAGCUCGAGAAACUAGGGUAUGCCAACAAGUUCUACAGACAGGGCGUUAAAAACCACGGAAUUGCCAUAUUUUGGAAAUCCAAGCUUUUUGAAUCCGUUGACUCAACCUUCUAUGAAUACGAUCUGGAAGAUACGGGAAAGGUCCAGCGUCGGACGUUUACCCAGAACGUCGGCCUCAUUGUGGCUCUGAAAUUUGCACCAGAGGUUUACGUGAAAUAUCCACAACUCACUUCCAAGGGUUUAUUCAUUGGAACAUCACAUCUGUUCUGGCAUCCAUUCGGAACUUAUGAGAGAACCAGACAGACGUAUUUGGCCCUGAAGAAAUGUCAGGAAUUUGCAGAUCGAGUGAAAAGUCUCAGAGGAGAAGACACCUCCAGUUGGCUGAAAUUUUUCUGUGGUGAUCUGAAUUCCCAGCCAUUCGACUCACCAUAUCUGUCAGUAACAUCCAAGCCCGUUAAAUAUGACGGAAGAUGCAAGAAGGUGAUUGCUUGCAGCACUUCGUUCCAGUACUCUCAGCUUAGAGCCGGUGGAGACGGAGAGGAUGAGGAAGGUGGAAAUGUCGAAAAGUUCGGCGAAGGUCAGCCACAAGAUCCUGUUCCAGAGAAUUUUGAUGCUACCGAGGAGCAAGUCCAAUUGGUCAAGGACAUGGAAGACCUGCACAACUCGUUGCCCGUCCGAGCCAUAUCGCUGUAUGCGGUUGGAUAUAGACAUGUCCAUCCAGAGAACGCUGGGAGAGACAACGAGAAAGGAGAACCCUUCUUUUCCAACUGGGCACACACAUGGAGGGGUCUUCUUGAUUAUAUCAUGUUGAUAAAGCCCUGGAAUGGAGAGCCAAAAACUGCAGUUGAGACCGUUGACGAAUUUGAGGCCGAAAACAACUUGAGGUUGAACGGGCUAUUGUAUCUGCCCACGCCCGAGGAAAUGGGACCAGAACCAUCUGGACAGCCCAGGCAAGGCCAGUAUCCAAGCGAUCAUCUAUGUAUAGUUGCAGAUAUUGGAAUCAGGGCCUGA